AUGACGCGCCUGCCUCCCAGGGCUCCACCAGGCCCGGAGGCCGCCUUAAUGCCCAAUCCAGGGCCGGGUGAAGUUCCUGCAGCCGCCGCUGCUCCUCCACCAGCUCUCCUGGAGAUCGUAGAGCCACGGUUUCUGCGGCUCCAAUCCCGGCGAUGGAGACUUCUGAUCAACGCCCCCAGGAUUCCACCUCAGCCGGACCUCCUAGAUUGUAUCCUCCUCUCCUGGCCCUCCAACUGCCAGAAGGUCAAUGCUGCCUCUCGGCAUAGACAGAAACCUCCGGGUAUUCAGCGAAAACGCAUGCUGCCCUUUGAACACCUGGAAGUGGACUUCACUGAAAUGAAACCUCACCGACACUACUAUUACCUGCUGGUCAUGCUAUUCUCCUACCAGAGAGAAGAAACAUUCAGAACCAAAAGGAAAUCAAACAGAACCGAGAGACGAGCCUCCGCUGGCUCCGGGAGCAAGCAGCAACUUGACUUCCACACAAGGUGUGCCCAGGUGACUUGCCCAUCCUUGGGCGGCUGCCAUGACACAUUCCGCACGCCUGACGCCGCCCGGGGAGAACCAGGCAGCCCGGUGCAGCUUUCCUACGCAGAGCAUCUGGCUCAGCGGGCAGGGUAUCCUCUAUGCAGCCAGCACAGUCAGGGCCCAGCUCAUUGUGAUCCUCAGCCUGCCCGGGCAGUGACACUCCCCUCGGCCCCCAGGAAGCAGCAGAGCCAGGGACAGAAUAACAUGCUCAGGAGAAAUGUCCUCAGAGUCCUCAGCAUCGGGCUGCCGCUGGUCUUCGCUCUCAACCUCCUCCUGAUAUUUUACACCAAGAGGAUUGUACAGGAGUUGAUCCUGGGGGAUCAUCAGAAGAAGCUGCAUUUCGCUCCGUCUGAACAGAAUGGGACAGUGAUGGACAGACUCUCUCGACUGGAGGCGGAUUUGCAGCAUCUGAAACAAACUAUGAAGUUGGCUACGAAACAAUCAGAAGAUGGGGUUGGCAGGCUGGCAACGGUGAAAGAUGAAAGGCAUCCUUUUCCAGAUACAGCUCAUGCCAAGGAGGGUGGCUUCUUCAAGGAAAAUCCCCACAAGGUUCUCUUCCCAGACUCAAAACUUUUCAGGAAGUGGGGUAGGGACCUUUCUGAGGCUCAGCAGAAAGAGGCUGAGGACCUCUUCCAGAAGUUUGGCUAUAACGUGUACCUCAGUGACCGGUUGCCCCUGGAUCGUACCCUCCCAGACACUCGAGAUGCCAGGUGUCGUUGGAAGCAGUACCCUUCACAGCUCCCAUCUCUCAGCGUCAUCCUCAUAUUCAUGGAUGAAGCUCUGUCUGUCAUCCAGCGAGCCAUCACCAGCAUCAUCCAGCGGACCCCCCCUCAACUGUUAAAAGAGAUCAUCUUAGUGGAUGAUUUUAGCUCAAAUGGAGAAUUAAAGGCAGACUUGGAUGAGAAGAUUAAGCUUUACAACCAGAAGUCUCCAGGACUCCUGAAGAUAAUACGGCAUACCAAGAGAAGAGGUCUGGCUGCAGCUCGCAACACCGGCAGGGAGGUGGCCACGGCCGAUGUGGUUGCCAUCUUGGAUGCUCACAUUGAAGUGAAUGUUGGGUGGGCAGAGCCCAUCUUGGCUCGGAUUCAGGAAGACCGCACUGUGAUUGUGUCUCCCGUGUUUGACAACAUUCUUUUUGACACCUUUGAACUGAUUCAGUAUGCAUUGGCAGUUGACGGGUUUGACUGGGAACUCUGGUGCCGCUAUGAUGCACUGCCGAAAGCCUGGGUUGAUCUCCAUGAUGUUACUGCUCCUGUGAGAAGUCCUUCCAUCAUGGGCAUCCUGGCUGCCAACAGGCUCUUCUUGGAAGAAAUUGGCUCUCUGGAUGGUGGGAUGCUGACCUAUGGAGGAGAGAAUGUGGAACUUAGCCUGAGGGUGUGGCAGUGUGGAGGCAGCAUUGAGGUCUUGCCCUGCUCCCGAGUUGCCCACCUGGAGAGACACCACAAGCCCUACUCCUUGGAUCUGAGAAUCCCUUUGAAGCGGAACGCCCUGAGAGUGGCUGAAAUCUGGAUGGACGAGUACAAAGACAUGGUCUACAUGGCCUGGAACAUCCCGCUGCAGAACUCCGGAAUCGAUUUUGGAGACAUUUCUUCCAGAAUGGCACUCCGGAAGAAACUGAAAUGCAAAACUUUUGACUGGUAUCUGAAAAAUGUUUAUCCUCUUCUGAAACCAGUCCGCAGCGUUGUGGCCUAUGGAAGAAUGAAAAACACGUUGGAUGAACGCGUCUGCCUGGACCAGGGAGCUGUUCCAGGCAACACUCCCAUCAUGCAUCACUGCCAUCAAUACAGUUCCCAGAACGCCUACUAUCACCUAACUGGGGAACUCUAUGUAGGACCACUGAUUGCACAGAGAGACGCUGAUGAUCGCUGCCUGACAGACCCCGGCAAAGGGGAGAAGCCGACGUUAGAGCCAUGUUCCAAGGCGGUCAAAGAUAGACUGAACAUACACUGGGAUUUUAAACCGGGAAGAGCCGUUAUUAACAGAGCCACCAAACGUUGUCUGGAGAUGACGAAGAACAUUUGGGGUGGCUACACGCUUGUUCUCCAGGCCUGCACCGCCCAAGUGUGGACAAUCCAGUACACUGUCCGAAACUGGGGGUCAGACUAAGGUCCAGGAAUGCUCGGAGAACCUGGGUUCUUGCCACAGCUCCCAAUGCUGCUCAAAACAGAAGGGGGAGAGAAAGUGCGUGUGCAUGUGUGUGUGUUUACUGUAACUACAACUAGUACUAUCCUGAAAGGUGCAAAUCAACCAGUAAUCUUAAAAAAAAAAAAAAGCCCUCCAUCCAGCCAGCCCUCACCCCACAGCAGGUUUCUUUGGAAAUCCCAUCUCUCCCACAGGGUAGGGGGGACACACCUAACUAGCCAGUCCCACUCUGCCCAGUGCAUGAAAACGGUGGAAAAAAACCCAAGCCCUUAAUGGUCUUUCUCUAAGGAGCUUAUCGAAUUUAAUAGGCUUGACUACUUGUUUCCUGCUACUAUACUUGAAAAUUAUGGAGAAAAUGAGGCUUGAAA